AUGUCUCAUUCGAACGGUUACAGAAAUCUCACCUCAUCGCCCAAAAGUCUAGGCCAUCGUGCCCUCACCAAAGCCCAACCAGUACUCAAACUCCACAUCCCCAAGGCGCCAGAGGAGGUUUAUCAACCUCGUCCCGAAGGACCAUAUAAUGACCACCCACUACGACAAAACUCAUAUGCAACAACUCGAACUCGUCCAUCCAUUCCACCUCGACAACACACCUUAUCUUCAACCAAAAGCCACAAAUCCGUCAACAGCAAUGACACUUUCUCAAAUUACUCUCACCCAACCCUAAAAUCCCAAGACUCAUCUCUCUCACAACACAACCCAUACAUCUCCAUGCUCCUCGACCUCGACUCAAUCCCUCUCCUUCACUCCAUCCUCGCCUCAGCCUCGACCUGGCUUCUCCUCGCCGGCUUCGUCAUUCUCCCGACCGCCUUCGAGAGUCUCAACACAGCCAAACUAAGCGGGACCUCCGAAACGAUCUACAAUUCCGUGCAUCACGUUCCGAUUCUCGUCCUCGCAUCCAUAUCUUCAAGUUUCGGCGUCAUAGGCAUGUUGUUUGUGUGGCUCAAGAACAGCACGAAUUACAUCUGGAUCACGAACAAGAUUUUCAUGCCUGGAGUGCUUAAUAGCACUGUUGGUCUACUCAAUACGCUGGUUAAUGUGUAUGGUUCGAGGGAUGGGAAAUGGGGUAACACGGCGAAGGUCACCGGAAGUGUUGAGGUUGGCAUUUUGGGAGUUUGUGGUCUUCUUUGGGCGUUUUACUUCUUUGCGAAGUUGGGUGGCGUGAAGAGAGUUCAUGAUAGGCAGAUGAGGGCUGAUAGAGGUGUCGGACUGGGAAUUGAGAAGUCUGGGAGAAUGGUUUGA